AGGAAAUUGAUAGCAAUGGAGGCAUCAACAGAAGCUCCAAAUAGAGCCUUAACAAAAAUUCGAUUCUCAGAGCUUGACCCUCCAUUAUCUGAACCUAUUCUUGGUGCCUUAACUAAGUCUGGUUUCAACUAUUGCACACCAGUUCAAGCAGCCACAAUCCCACUUCUUUGUAAAUUUAAAGAUGUUGCUGUUGAUGCAGCUACUGGUUCUGGUAAAACCUUAGCUUUUGUUGUUCCACUUGUUGAAAUCUUAAGACGUUCUCCAGAUAAGCCUAAACCUCAUCAGGUGUUGGGAAUAAUUUUGUCUCCAACUAGAGAGUUGGCGUCGCAGAUAUAUAAUGUUGCGGAGCCUUUCAUUUCGACAUUGUCCAAUGUUAAACCAAUGCUACUUGUUGGUGGAUUGGGUGUAAGAGCUGAUAUGAAGAAAAUUGAAGAGGAAGGAGCUAACUUACUUAUAGGCACACCUGGGAGGAUAUUCGACAUUAUGGAUCGAAUGGAUAUUUUGGAUUAUCGAAAUUUUGAGAUUCUUAUCUUAGACGAGGCUGAUCGGCUUUUAGAGUUGGGAUUCCAAAAGCAGAUAAAUUCUAUUCUACCUCGCUUACCAAAGCUUCGCAGAACUGGUCUUUUCUCAGCUACUCAAACCGAGGCAGUUGGGGAGCUUGCUAAAGCAGGAUUGAGGAAUCCAGUGAGGGUUGAAGUUAAAACAGAAGCGAAAGAUGAGCUAGCGUCUGCAUCUUCUAAAACACCAUUGGGCCUUGAGAUGGAGUACAUGAUUUGUGAAGCUGAUAAGAAGCCAUCACAGCUUGUUGAUUUCUUGACGAAGAACAUGAAUGAAAAGAUUAUCGUCUACUUCAUGACAUGUGCUUCUGUUGACUAUUGGGGAGUUGUUCUUCCACGAAUUGCUGCUCUCAAAGGUUUCUCCAUUAUUCCUCUUCAUGGGAAAAUGAAUCAGAUUGCAAGGGGAAAAGCAUUGGCAUCUUUUACAGAAAUUUCAAGUGGUAUUCUUCUAUGUACCGAUGUAGCAGCGAGGGGACUUGACAUUCCAGGUGUUGAUUUAGUCGUGCAGUAUGAUCCUCCUCAAGAUCCAAAUAUGUUUGUACACAGAGUUGGUCGAACUGCACGAUUAGGCAGACGAGGACGAGCCAUUGUUUUUCUCUUGCCGAAGGAGGAAGAAUACGUAGACUUCCAGCGAAUACGAAGGGUCCCACUUCAGGAGAGGAUAUGUUCUGAUGAUGUUCCUGAUAUUACUCCUCAGAUACGAACCGCUGCAAAGAAAGAUCGUGAUGUCAUGGAAAAGGGUCUUAAGGGGUUUGUCUCAUUUAUCCGUGCAUAUAAGGAGCAUCACUGCUCUUUCAUUUUUAGGUGGAAGGAACUAGCAGUGGGAAAGUUGGCGAUGGGAUUUGGGCUGUUGCAUCUCCCAUCGAUGUCGGAGCUGAAGAAUCACUCGCUUUUUACCCAUGGUUUUGUUCCAGCUGAAGAUGUCAAUGUGGAAGAGAUCAAGUACAAAGAUAAAAAUCGCGAGAAACAAAGAAAGAGGAACCUGAAAGCAAGGAAAGAAGCAGAGCUCGAACAACCAAAGUUCAAUAAACCUAAGCGAAAUCCAAAAGAAUCAGUUACCAGGAAACAAACAGCCAAGCAACGACGAGCUGUUCAGACAGUUGAUGAUGCAGAGGAGUUGGACAGGGACUAUCGCGCUCUAAAGAAGCUAAAAAAGGGUACUAUUGAUGAAGCUGAAUUUGCAAAGCUGACAGGGGCGGAAGAUUUUUGAGCAGCAGUGUAGUUACCUUGGCAUCCUCAGAGAGGAGGGACCAAAGAAAGAACCCUAGAACUGUGGAGUUAACUGCCAACUCAACUGAGCAUGGAGGGAUUGGAUCUUGAGAAGAGAUACUUGUUGCUAUUCCCGACCUUCAUAUGGUUAGUGCAAAGAAAAUUUUGUGUAAAUUUGAAAUUUGCUUAUGGCUCUGUUUGUACCGCCACAGUUAAAAUUACAAUUUUGUCA